GGUCCUCACAGCAAGCCACAGCCGGCUGCACGUUGGGAAACCCUUCAGCUGAUACCAGUCGCUCUGAUAUACAUAGGGACAGGAAGCGGCCUCUCUUCUAAGUCUGUCACCCCGCCUUUUCUCAUACCCCUUGCUUUCGGCGAGCAACCCCUCAAUCGGUAUCAAUUCAAUCUAGCUAUGCUGUGAAUACUGAAUACUAAUUAUACGUUACCUGAGCCGGUGACGUUGGGAGCGUGGCAUUUCCUGCUAACCGCGAAACCUUGAAUAAAAAAAGCUCUCUGCCAGACUAUUCUUUGCAGAUUAUUCAAGUGAAUCGUCUGAGCUUAAGAUGAUGGCCCUGGGCGAAUCUCAAUAUCCUCAGGCCCCGGAUGACAGAUCUGGUAAUUGGCGUGAGAGUAUGGAUGAGAAGGAGCCAGAGCAACCUUUACUGACUGUCCCCGGCAAUUCGGUACACGACACAGAGCAUGGCCCUACAGGCUGUGUGCAAUGGCAGAGGCGCAGCUGGGGACUCUGGCUCACUAUCUUGAAUAUCUCGGUCUGGCUGGUAACGAUUUUCUUCAUUUUCUCGCCGUUUGCUAGCCGUGCUUGCCUCCGACACCUGAGUGACCAAGAGAAAUGGAAAGCCGUCUCUUAUUAUGCCCCCGUUUUUGACCGUUUCGAGAUCCCUCGCAUAGUCCAAACGACCAACGGGUCACUAUAUGAUACAUACCCACCCUCGAUCCUGCGAGUUCCCAAGGGACCUGAGGCAGACGCAGAAUGGUUUCGGAUAGGAACUGGUGUUUUCCCACUCAUAAUCUCAUCAACUGAGAUCCGCAAACUGGGAAAAGACCCCUCUGUGGCUGUGAAAAUUCCACCAGAACACGGAUACGGCGAUGAUGCGUACCUGGCGCAAACUGAAGUGUUCCACCUUCUCCAUUGUCUCGAUAUGCUUCGCAAGGAGAUCUCCUACGAACAUUAUUACUUCCCGAAGUUCGGAAACAAUCCCGAUGCUCAGCACCAGGCUCAUAUCGGACAUUGCAUAGACUUGCUUGCACAGUCGAUUAAGUGUUCAAGUAGCGUCGAUGUCAUCUUGUUCAACUGGGUCGAGGGCUGGAAUCAGCCAUUUCCAGACUUUAAAAACAGGCAUGUUUGUCGGGACUUCGAGGCACUUCUUGACUAUGUCAAUGACCAUUCUGUUCCGGUGGAAGUGUUUCAAGCCAUGAAGGAACCGCCCGAAGGUUAUGUUCGUUUACCAGAGCCAGCUCCCGUGAACAGGGAGGGUGCAUAAUCGAUGAGGAUCAACUCAGCUGGCUUACUCACUUCUAAUAGAUAUGGACAAGAACUUCGGAUAACUUAGCUUUCAUCGUAAAUAUGUAAAGGGACGUCCUCAGGUCAGUUAUUGCUGUCUGUCGGGAAGAUACAGUGCCCUGCCACUACUCCCAACUCCCAGGACUAUAUUCCACUACAAGAUAUACUAGUAGUUAUCUUCAGUUAAGUAGGUAUGUGGGUUGCAAAUGGCCUCACUCUAUCUCCGUCCGUCCCAAAUAUUAAGCAAUCAGCACUGCAGGAGCCGGUUACAAUAUCAUAUAGAUUGAACGGCUUUGAGGAAAAGAAGAAGAAUGUUGAUUUCCCUAGCAUAAGGAUUUGUAGGAUUCUACAUGUUGACAACCUGUGAAUUUCAAUUGUCGGCGGGUUUGGAUGCACAAGCAGGGGUUGCCGACUGCCGUAAUAAAUUGUUGCCGACAAUCGGCGUUUCCACUGUCGAGCU